GCUUUUCCACUUUGCCAGCAAGUAGGGGUAUUUGCAGUUGGUGGUCUGCUUUCUGAUGAGAGACGCCCCUUCAUCUGUUCCCACUGCAGACUUCUCCCAAUUUCAACCCCAGGCGUCAAUACAAACCCCCCCUGUGCAUGCAAGUGCUGGCUUGAUAGAAACAAACAAACUCAGCUUCACAUGCCACCACCCCAUACAUGUUCCUCUGCUAAGGAAACCCCAGACGCUUCCCAGUACCUGCUAACCCUGGGCUUACAAUGGGAAGCUUUGAGAAGAGAAAUUGAUCAUCUUCACAGCAGUCGUUUGAAUGAAAUUUCCCCUGACAGGCUGUCUCUGAGCGCAGAGUCAGUGAAGGAGUCCUAGUCCUGCUCUGAAGCCCCGCAUACUACUGCUCACCCCAUCACAUCUCUCAUCAGAUCGCCUUCUACUCUCCUUCUCCUGCACAGCACUUCCAAAAAAGACAAGAGGUGGCCAUGGAAGAAAACAUGGAAGAAGGACAGACACAGAAAGGUUGCUUUGAAUGCUGCAUAAAAUGCCUCGGGGGUAUUCCAUAUGCCUCACUGAUUGCUACGAUUCUGCUGUACGCUGGGGUCGCCCUGUUCUGUGGAUGUGGUCACGAGGCUCUUUCAGGCACUGUCAACAUUCUGCAAAGCUAUUUUGAAAUGGCAAGAACUGCUGGAGACACACUUGAUGUCUUCACCAUGAUUGAUAUCUUCAAGUACGUGAUUUAUGGGAUAGCAACUGCCUUCUUUGUCUAUGGCAUUUUGCUGAUGGUGGAAGGAUUCUUUACAACUGGCGCUAUUAAGGAUCUCUAUGGGGACUUCAAAAUUACCAACUGUGGGAGAUGUGUGAGCGCAUGGUUCAUUAUGCUGACAUACCUUUUCAUGCUUGCCUGGCUUGGAGUUACAGCUUUUACCUCUCUGCCCGUCUACAUGUACUUCAAUCUGUGGACCAUUUGCCGAAAUGCAACUUUAGUUGAUGAAGCUAACCUUUGUUUGGAUCUUCGUCAGUUUGGUAUUGUAUCUGUUGGAGAAGAGAGGAAAUUAUGUACAUCAUCUGAAAAUUUUCUCAGGAUGUGUGAAUCUACAGAGCUGAACAUGACUUUCCAUCUGUUUAUUGUUGCUCUUGCUGGAGCCGGAGCUGCAGUCAUUGCAAUGGUACACUACCUAAUGGUUCUGUCAGCUAACUGGGCCUAUGUGAAAGAUGCAUGCCGAAUGCAGAAGUAUGAAGAUAUCAAGUCCAAGGAAGAACAGGAACUUCACGACAUUCAUUCUACCCGCUCAAAAGAGCGCCUCAAUGCUUACACAUAAAACACAUGUCCAGCACAUUUAUAACAUUUCAAUUCUUUGUUGUUUUACUAACAGCCUCCCUUCCAUUGUAUAAUGAAAAUUAAGUACUUUUCCUACAAGACGGGGUGCAUUGUUUAUCACCAAUCUACAUAACCUUGGUUGACCAGCACUUGGCUUCUUCACAGUGGUCCUUGUGACAAUGUCAUACUAUGGAGCACCCUUACGUAAUAUUUCCCAAAUUUGUCAUAAUGUGACUGGUUUCUUAGAUGAAAAAAGUAACUGUUAAUACAGUUGUAUCCUUUUUUAACCACUUUCUAUGUGUUUUACAUAAACAUUUUGCAUUGUUUCCUAUGUUUUUGAAAGAGAAAGCUUUUUAUACUUUUCAGUUUUGAAAUCUACUUUUACCUACAGGUAAAUGUCAAAGGGACAGUUGUACAGAACGCAUGUACAACCGCGUACAGUUCUGACUCGUGCAUGGGCAUUUUGGGCAUCUUGAUAGUGUUGCUCCGUGUGAAGUGGUCAUAAGCUCAUGUUCUAUUUGGCGAGUGACAAGGUGCUUUUUAUUGGUGUUAACACAUUAGUAUCAUUGUUUGCUACUAACACUUCCAUAUGCUUAUUCUUUAUUCCCACUAGUUCUGAAAUUGUGAACAUGCAUGCUGUGAUGCAAACGCAUGGGCCCUACCCAUUUAAAAAUAUAUUUAUUACCCUGUAGCUAUUGAAACCUGUAAUUGAUGUUUGCCCAUAAAAUUCCCAUUGCUAAAAUAUGCAUUAAAUCAUUUCAAUAUGAUUUGCCUUAGCAUAUAGAUAUAUAUAUAUAUAUAUAUAUAUAUAUAUAUAUAUAUAUAUACUACUUACAUUUUCACCAUUAUUAUUUUGUGUUUUCUGAUCUAAAAAAAAGCAUCCAAAUCAAAGUAUGACAUACAAACAGUCCCAUUACAUCACUUACUGACAACAUAUAUGUAAAUAACGUCUUUCUCCUAUGACCCAGAGCUACUUAUAUUGUAGGGUUUCAACAUAACUGUGUUAAUGGACCAAAUUUUGAUGUUUUCAUCUACUUUGCCUCCGGAAUGCUCUAUAUGAAUGCUAUCAAGUGUCUUUUAAACUUACGAUUUCUGACAAGACAUUUUUGUCAGUGUUAAAAAUCCUCGAUUAUUUUGUACACCUUAAUGAUCAGUGUGAAUCCUCUCAAUGUAAGUGCAUCACUCCUAUAAAAAGCUCUUUAAAUCAUCUGACUUUUGUAAUAUUGCUCAUUCAUUAUGAUGAGUUUUGUAAAGCGGUCCUUUGAUUUGACCAUGAUAAUACUAUAGUUGUUGCAUGCAUAAACAUUUGAUAGUAUUAGUUAUUUGGUUUUAUAUUCACAUUUAGUCUGUCAACAGUUCUCAUAUAUGCACAGUAAUAAAACUUCUUUCCAACAAUAUUCUUGUAAAACUCUUUCAAAUGCUCUAUUGUAGUGCUCCCGUUUUGUGUCUCAGUUUGUGAUUUUUAACCAAAUGUCCUAUGGAUCAGUGUUAUAAUGUUGAUGCUUUUCUGGCUAUCUUCUGGUAUUAGAGUUUGUAUUUUCACAAAGAAUGCUUUGUAGCAGGCAUUAUGAUUAAUCUGUUUUGUACAUAAAUGUGCCAACAGCUUCAUGGUGGCGUUUUUGAAAUGUAGAACAAAGUGCUUGCAAAAUGUAAUAAACACACUGGUGUACUUUGUGUA